AAAGUGUUAGUUGAUGCACAAAUGUUAGGUUUUCAUGAAUGAACUACAACGUGGUGUUAAAGCGGCUAACUGGCAGGCUUUCGGGCUACAGUUUUAUGUUUUUGUCCUCAGAAAGUCCUUGUUAUGGGCCAACAUAUCAAGGACCCCGGCGUUCCUCUCCAUCGACCGCUUCCUUCCGUGUUCAGACCUGUGGAAGAAUCCGUCCAGGACACAUCAGCCCGGUGACCCGAACCUGAUCACCGAGCCCCCGUCUCCGUUCAUCUAAUCAUCCCCCUCUGCUGCUGCAGAUCCAUAAGACUUCUCUCUUGAGCUCUCCAUGGACCGAUCACCAUGAUAUUAGGUCCAUCAGUUGUGCCAUACCUUUCUCCUCGGCCCCUCUGUCUGCUCUAUCGCCUGCUGUCAGAGGUCAGGGUUAAUGGUUACGCAUCAGCAUGCAGAUGCCUUUGCACAGAUGGCCACACCCCUCAGCCUGUGAUUGGUCAGGAUUCAGUGGACGUGUUAGGCCACUCCUUUCCUCGUGAUGACUUUACCAAUGUUACUCCAAAGAUCUUGGACAAGGUGGGCCGUAACCUUCACAACCAAAUGCAUCAUCCUUUGUGGCUGAUCAAGGAGAGAAUCAAGGCUCAUUUCUACAGCACCUACACUGGUCGCUGGGGCAACCCGCUCUUCUCUGUCCACGACAACCUGAGUCCUGUGGUGACUGUGGAGCAGAACUUUGACAGCUUGCUGAUCCCGCCCGGCCACCCCAGUAGGAAACGAGGAGACAACUACUACCUGAACAGAAAAACGAUGCUUCGCGCUCACACGUCAGCCCACCAGACGGAGCUGGUGAGGUCCGGUCUGGAUGCUUUCCUACUGGCCGGAGAUGUUUACAGACGGGACCAGAUCGAUGCCAGUCAUUUCCCCGUCUUUCACCAGAUGGAGGGAGUGCGGCUCUUCUCCAACCAUGAGCUGUUCUGUAAGGUCCCGAGCGGUGAGGACCUGUCUCUGUUUGAGCGUGGAGGCCGGCGGACUCCUCACAAGCAGGAAAGCCACACUCUGGAGGCCGUGAAGCUGGUGGAGUUCGACCUGAAACACACCUUGACGCGACUCGUCACCACCCUGUUUGGAGCAGAUGUGGAGGUCAGGUGGGUCGACUGUUACUUCCCCUUCACUCAUCCCUCCUUCGAGAUGGAGGUGCGUUUCCAGGGCGACUGGAUGGAGGUGCUGGGCUGUGGCGUGAUGGAGCAGGAGCUGCUGAACUCAGUUGGCGCAGAGAAUAAACUGGGCUGGGCGUUCGGUUUGGGCCUGGAGAGGCUGGCCAUGGUCCUGUAUAGUAUCCCAGACAUCCGGCUGUUCUGGAGUCAGGAUGAACGCUUCCUCAAGCAGUUCAGAGUGGAGGACAUCCAGCAGCCCAUCUGCUUCCAGCCGCUCAGUAAGUUCCCGCCGCUCCACAACGACAUCUCCUUCUGGCUGCCGGACGCUAAAGAUGGUGGGACGGGUCUAGAGAGCUUCACUGAAAACGACUUGUACGACUUGGUUCGCUCCAUCGGAGGAGACCUCGUGGAGAAAGUGUCGCUUGUGGACGAGUUCACACAUCCAAAGACCAGAAGGCGGAGUCAGUGCUACCGCAUCGUGUACCGCCACCUGGAGCGAACUCUGACCCAGCAGGAGGUUCGACUCGUCCACCAGCGAAUCGAGCACGCGGCAGAGACGGAACUGGGCGUUCAGGGCCGAUACUGAAUCACACACACACACACACACACACACACACACACACACACACACACACACACACACACACACACACACACACACACACACAGCUGUUAAACAGCGUCCUCGGAGCUGAGAUAUAUCACCACGAGGAGGAAUGUGUUGACUUCAGUGAAGGCGUUACACUCUUCUUUUGAUGGCGUCUCUCACACACACACUCAAGCAGUGGUGUGUGUUCUCUUCAGGCUGAAACGUGAGAAUCUGACGUAUGUCACCUUCCAUUUUCAGACGUGUUCUGCAUGUUGAGGCCUCGCCAGCAGCAGAAACUUCAUGUCUUUACGGCAGCAGCUGUUCUGGUUCUGACCGGAGACAAGCGACUUCCUUCCUGCUGUGGCUGCUGAUUUGUUCUGUAAUAUGUUGUUGUUAAUAAUCAGAACUGUACACUGUCUGGGAAAAUUGCUGCCAUAAAGUAGAAAAUCUUGGUUUGCACAAGGCUAAUAAACUGAGCCGUCAUCCUUACA